GCAAAGUCUGUCAUUCAGAAAAAAGAGGCAUGCUUUGAUAAAGAUGUCCAUUUCUUUGCCUAAAUCGUGACAACCCAUGGAGCUUUCUUUCUCGCACUUCGCCUAGCAAAUACCUGGUGUCUCCUUUUUUGUCUUCCUUACUCCGUUACCACAUUCCAAGUCAUCCUGAGUCUUUGAUCAUGGCACUUCAGCAGAAAGCAGCCGGCCUUCUGGCAUCGUUCCCUGAAAUCUCAACGUAUCGCUGGUCCAGCAAUGACGAUACAAAACGUUUUGCUGUAGAGAACCCAGCUACGGGCCAAACAAUCACCACAAUCCAGGCUGGAAAUGCUGAGACGGCUCAGGGUGCCAUCAAGGCGUCACAGGAGGCAUUUGCCUCUUGGUCAGGACUGUCCCGACAGCAGCGCUGUGAAUACUUGAUGCGUUCAGCAGACGAGCUCCAGAAGAACUUCCACGAGCUAUCGCUCCUGCUGUGUCUGGAAAAUGGGAAGCCAAUCAAGGAUGCUGUCCUCGAUGUGUUCUUCUUAGUAGGGGUUUUCCGCUACUUCGGAUCUAUCAGCGAUAAGCUUCCCUCGGAAUUCUUCGAUCAAGGAAGCGUCUACUCGGCAGUCAUCUACGAGCCGCACGGCGUUUGUGUGGGAAUUCUCCCGUUCAACUGGCCACCCAUCCACGUUGGUGGAAAGUUGGCACCUUGUCUUGCAGCCGGCAACACCAUGAUCCUGAAACCGGGAGAGCAGGCUCCAUUGACAGCAAUUCGCAUCGUCGAGAUACUGGAGGCGGUUCUCCCCAAGGACGUGGUACAGAUAGUGCCGGGACUUGGCCCCGAGGUCCCGCAAACACUCGUCGAGCACCCGCUAGUGAAGAUGGUGUCCCUCACGGGAUCCACUCAGGUCGGGGCGAAAGUAGCCCAGACCGCCGGGGCGUCACUGACAGCCACGGUGCUCGAGCUUGGCGGCAAGAAUGCGUUUGUCGUGUUUGAGGACGCCAACGUCGAUGCCGUGGUCAAGGACGCCAUCGAGGGUGCCUUCUUCAACAAGGGCGAGGCCUGUACAUCCGCCUCACGGAUUCUGGUUCAUAAGAGCAUCUACCAGCCCUUUGUGGACAAGAUGACUGCCGCAGUGAGGAAGCUGCGCACAGGAGACGGUCUAGAUGAUAAGACGCACGUUGGACCUGUGGUCUCGCGCGAGCGGCAGAAACAGAUCCUAGAGUCCAUCGAGACUGCGAAGCAGGAGGGCGCUCGCCUGGCUGCGCAAGGGUCCCUGCCGUCUGAGGAGCACGUCUCCAAGGGUUACUUUGUGCCACCGACACUGUUCGCCGAUGUGACACCUGAGAUGAAGGUCGCGACGGAGGAGCUGUUCGGUCCUGUCGUGUGUGUUGGCUCGUUCGAGACAGAGGACGAGGCCGUUGGUGUCGUCAAUGCCUCGGACUAUGGCCUUUUCGCUGGCGUGUAUUCGACUGAAUUCAGCCGUGCAAUGAGGGUCGCCCGCCGUAUCGACGCCGGUGUAGUCCUGGUCAACAACUAUUAUCGUGGAGUCCUGGGGACGCCAUUUGGUGGCAUGAAAGGUUCUGGAUAUGGUCGUGAGCAUUGGAUUGGCACUCUGCGCGAGUGGAGCCGGAUCAAGAACAUCAGGUACCCAAGUGGCCUGGGCCCAAUACCUCAAUGGCGCGGAGCUAUGGAAACCACAGAGGAGUGAUCCUGUCGUUCACAGUCAUUUAAGGGGGUUGGGCACCAUCUUAGCUUCAUGUGUCUUAUUUGGAUAGCGCCUUCGAGCAACAGAAAUCCAUUACUACACGCGAAAGAGAGUCACUAAGCUUGAAUAAAUAUGUAGAUAAGAUCAGAAAUGCUUCCAUCCUGAAA